GAGGGCCCGGUGCCGGGGCCCCUGCGGCCCGAGAGAGCGAUGGCUCCCGACGAGUGGACCUAUCUGGCCGUGCUCCUGGCCGCCAUCCCCACCGGCUUUGCCUUCAAGACAGCAGUCCCCCGGGUGAAGCAGGUGGGUGCGGCGGCCGUCGGGCUGGGCUUGACAUUGCUGACCUGUGGCCCUCACGUCCUGCACUCCUUGGUCACCAUCCUGGUGACAUGGGGCAUCAUGAAGGCCCAGCCCAGGUCCUGCCACUUCCUGGCCUUGGGCUGGACGUUUUCUUAUCUGCUGUUCUUCCGCACGGUCACGGCCUUCGGCCUGCCGGCCCCCACGCCUUUCACCAACGCCAUUCAGCUGCUGCUCACGCUCAAGCUGGUCAGCCUAGCCAGUGAGGUGCAGGAAUUCAACCGGGCCCGGCGGGAGGAGGUCACGGGGGCCUUUGCCAAGACGCCGGCCGUGGGGCUGCUGCUGGGGGUGCCCACGCUGCCCGAGAUCCUGAGCUACAGCUACUGCUACGUGGGCAUCAUGACAGACGCCGGCCGUGGGGCUGCUGCUCGGGGUGCCCACGCUGCCCGAGAUCCUGAGCUACAGCUACUGCUACGUGGGCAUCAUGACAGGCCCCUUCUACCGGUACCGCACGUACCAGGACUGGCUGUGGCAGCCUCACGCGGGCUCCGUGCCCACCUGGCAGCCCCUGCUGCAGCGGGCCCGGCUGGCCCCGCUCUUCGGCCUCCUCUUCCUCCUGUCGUCCCACUUCUUCCCCCUGGACUACGUGCGGGAGGAGGCCUUCUACGGCCGCUCCUUCGCCUUCCGGCUCUUCUACAUGACCCCCGUCUUCUUCACCUUCCGCAUGCGCUUCUACGUGGCCUGGAUCGUGGCCGAGUGCGGCUGCAUCGCGGCCGGCUUCGGGGCCUACCCCGUUGGGGCCAAGGCCAGGGCCGGGGGCGGCCCGACCGUCGAAUGCCCUCCCCCCGACAGUCCGGAGCAGGCCGGGGCCGUGGAGUACGACUACGAGACGAUCCGGAACAUCAACUGCCACGGCACCGACUUCUGCGUCCGCGUGCGGGACGGGAUGCGCUACUGGAACAUGACGGUGCAGUGGUGGCUGGCCCAGUACAUCUACAAGAGCGCUCCGGCCCGCUCCUACGUGCUGCGGAGCGCGUGGACCAUGCUGCUCAGCGCCUACUGGCACGGCAUCCACCCCGGCUACUACCUGAGCUUCCUGACCAUCCCGCUGUGCCUGGCGGCGGAGGGGACCCUGGAGUCCGGGCUGCGGGCCCGGCUGGGGCCCGGGGCCCGGCGGGGCUGGGAUUGGGUGCACUGGUUCCUGAAGAUGCGGGCCUACGACUACAUGUGCAUGGGCUUCGUGCUGCUGUCCCUGGGGGCCACGGUGCGCUACUGGGCCUCCGUGGGCUUCUGCAUCCACCUGCUGGCCCUGGCCCUGCUGGGCCUGGGGCUGGCCCUGGGCGGGGGGCCGGGCCGCCGGGGAAACCGCCCCCCGCCCCCGGAAAAGUCCCACGAAGAGUGAGGGGCCCGGGGCCGCCUCCUGCCAGCCCUCCCCGUCCCCCGGGAGACGGCCGAGGCGUCCCGCCUCCUCGGGACUGCGACUCCCGUCAGCUCCUGGGGCGGGACCCCCACGCAGUGGAGGCAGCGGGAGCCCCACAGCCUCCUGGGAUUUGAUCCCCUCUUCCCGGGGCGGGAGAGGGGACCGGGAGCCUGCUCCCUGAAGGCCUCUAGAGGAAGGGAGGGCCGGACCCUGGUGGCCACGGCUCCCUCUCCUCCGCUUCUCCCUCCUUCCCCGCUCCCAGGGCUGUAUGAUCCCCACUCCGGGGUGACCUAGGCCCCCUCAAACCCGAACUCUUCCCCAUCCCCACCCCCCCCCCCCCGAUCCGGGGCCGGAUGCCCCCGUCCCGGGAGGAGAGGGGCAAGGAGCGGGGGCGGGUGGAGCCCGUCACAAUUGGCGGGGGUCAGGGUGACUGGCCAGGGAGAAGAAGAGAUAGGGGAGAGGAAAUGGAGGCUUUUUUUUUUUUAUUACUCUGAACAGUGUUUUUCCCAAUAAAGAGCCUAGUGCCGACCUA